AUGGAAAUGAUUAAGUAUGGAAUAGGUGUGAGGAAUAAUGACAAAAUGAUGAUUUUAAAUGAAAUAACACAUCAAGAAAAUCUAUUGUUUAUGCUUGAAUAUAUUAAAGAGUGAAAGAGUAGGCUAGUUAAUAGAAACAAAUUAGUAACAUAUCUAAAGAAGUAGAGACAUCAAAAGAAGUUUUAAUAAACAAGAUCUUUACGUUAAAACUGGAAGAUUUUUUUAAUUGAAUCAAACAAUCAUAAUUUGAAUGUUGAGACUAAAUACUAUAAUCAAAUAUAAUUAUAAGUUAUGAUUUUGAAGAGUAAUCAAAGUUAAAUUAAAAAUUCAAGAUAAUAUAUUCAAUGAACCAAUAAAAUAUAAUAUACAUAAGAAGAAAUAGAUAAAACAUAAGGAUGGACAGUCUAUAUAAGCAAAUAAUUUUUGGAAAAUAAAGAAUUAAUUGGAUUAACCAAUAAUAUAAUAAAGCUUAAAUAAAAUGGGAAGGUGCUACAGUUGCAGUUGUAGGUUUAUAUGAUAAAGGAAAAACUUUUGUUUUGAAUAAUCUUACUUAAUCUAAUUUACCAUCUUGA